CGCAUGCAUCGCUCUCCCCUCAUAAAACACCCGAACGCACAUCACCGGCCGCCUCUGGAACGGAACAUGACACAGACGCGCAGCAGAUCCUUCAUCAAGAGUCAAAUUCAGAAAACGUCAUGCAUCACGAUCCAACUCAUUCUGCUGAGCUACUGUGGAGCUGAAAUCUGAUGGCUGCUUUCCUACAUGAUCCCAGUCCUGAGCAAAUACAAGUUUUCAACUUUACAAACACAAUUCAUCAAACAAACGCACACUCAAAGCAAACCUGCCCUCAAACACGCACAUAACUACAAGCGCACAAGCUCCUUAGACAUCCAGCUUUGAGAAAAACCCAUUUUGUGACCAUUUUUGUAUCACACCAUGUCGAAGGACGACUGUAAGAUGGGCUGUAAACACAAGGAACGCAAGCCCAAAAAGCCGCACUACAUCCCACGGCCAUGGGGCAAACCCUACAACUACAAAUGCUUCCAGUGUCCGUUCACAUGCAUGGAGAAAUCACACCUGUACAACCACAUGAAGUACAGCCUGUGCAAGAACUCCCUGUCGCUGCUUAUCGAGUCUGACUGGCCGUAUAAAAAAGACCAGCUCCGGCUCCAGCAGGGCGGCGUUCGCUCACGUAGCCCAGCUAAGGUUCACUCAGAGCGGGUCGCGAUGUCGGACGAGCCCUCACAUUCGGCGGCGAGUAUGGAGGACGGUGAGAAAGCAGAAUCCGAAAGGGAAGCGGAGAAAGACGAAGAGGUGGUGGAGACAAACACAUCAAGCGUUAUGAGUCCCGAAUCUGCAGAAACGUGUUCAAGAGGAAGCAAGCGAUCAAAGCAAGAAGCCGAACUUGUGAUGGCUGAUGUGUUCUCGCUCGAAGAGCAACUUUUGCGAGCACGUUCGGUUGAGGUUGAGUCAAAACUGAGACACUAUAGGUUGUCCAAAACAUGUUUGUCUGGACCGGCGGCAUUGCUUUCAGAGCAAUGGCGCAUUUUGAGCAAUCAAACAUCUGGUGCGAAGCCCAAAUCGGAUCCGGUGGCAUCUUCUCUGCCUUGUUAUCCUCCACCGGCGUCAACGGGUCAAAUCGAAUGCCCUGAAACACCAGGUUUCAAUCUGUCUUUGCUCGGCGUUGGAUACCCGUUGGCUCCCGGACUCCUUUCGUACCUAAAUCCAGCACUUAGCUUACCUGCAAGUACGGCGACCACUACCACACCGCUGCCGUUCCUGGCAUCAACCCAUGCGCAAAGACACUCGGAGCGUCCUUUACUUCCUCCUCACCUGUAUUAUCCUUUCCUCUGCGAGCACACCUUCGGAGCGACACCUUCCUCUACGUCCUCUGAGACUGGAAAGCUCAUCAAACCACCAACCGUAGGCCUGCCGGCCCCUUCGUACCCUUCCAAGCUCAACCUGUGGAAGGUCCCGGCCCUGCGGCCCACAUCCUCACCCGCGGCCUGGGUGUCGCCCACCUGUUCCUCUCCAGAACCAAGCCAAGGUGUAAAGGAGAGGAUACGGUCGAGGGAAGGGAAGGCCGGCUGGCCGCAGGAUGGUUCCUUUAUCAGAGAGCAAGGUCUGAAGAGGACAGCGGCGUCCUUGGACUCCCAUGGUGCACCUGGAGAGAAGAAACCGGCGCUUGAGUUUGCUCUCGACUCUCUGAAAAAUGCUCACAAAUCUACAUCCAUUGCCUCCCUGAUGUCCGGCAGGCUGCCUGUUCACAACAGCCCCCGCAGUGACGUCUCGUCCCCGCCGCAUAUGUCUGAUCAGCUGGAGGCGAGACAGAGAGGAAUGGAGAGAGACACCGACCCGGCAGCUGCGCUCCUGCAGGACUUCAGCACGUUACUGCAGGAGUACCAGAACACGGAGCAGCGUGCCGCCUCGCUGCCGGAGCAGUGCCACCUGUGGGCGCACCUGGGAAAGAUCCGGUCUGAGUUGUCGCACAUUCAACAGGCGCUGGAGCGCACGGCUCGCUCCAAUGAAGGGCCGCUCGAUCUAUCCGUCAAGAAAGACCCGGCAGGAAUGACAAACGACACUCUAGGAGAAACAAAAGACACAGGAGAUGAAAACUGCUCUGAGACGGAAGACGACGACGAGGAAGAGGAGGAUGGGAAAUACAACAGAGAUGAGGUGGAACGAGGAAGCGGUGUUAAAGAAAGGCAGAAGUGCUCUCUGGAGGUGCUGAUGAAGCUGAAUCCGUCCCAGGUGCCCAUGGUGAAGACAGAGGUGCUGUCCGACGCCGGGCUGGCGAUUCGGCCCGGGACGGCUGAAGCUCUGUGGCACAGCAGAACCACCAAGUGUGAAGCUGAUUCAAGUGUCCUUCUCUGCUCUAAAACACCCAACAGACCGUCGUCCAUUCAACAUCUGGACACGCUGUGUCCAACCAGCCCGUUAACAACCACCGACACGAUGGUGUAGCAAACAUGGACAAGAACCUACAUCAUUCACACCACCAGAUAAAUGUUUGGACACACUUGACUGAAUUUACGUUUCUUUUUUUGAAAUGAACACUUGUACUCAGCAAGGACGCAUUAAAUUGAUCAAAAAUGACAUACAAAUGACAUCCAGAAAAUAAAAAAGUAUCACCGUUUCUGUAAAAUUAUUAAGCAGGAGGAGUGUUUUCAAAAUCUAUGAUUAUCAGAAAUGUUUCUUGAGCGGCAAAACAGCUUAUCAAAAUGAUGUGACACUGAAGACUGGAGUAAUGAUCCUGAAAAUUCAGCUUUGCAUCACAGACAUAAAUUACAUCUUACAAUAUAUUACAAAACAGACCAGUUAUUUGAAAUACUAAAAAUAUUUCACAAUUUAAUUUUUUA